AUGGGCUCUUCGGGUGGCAUCCUUGUGAUGUGGGACAAAAGAUGGGUUUCUAAGCUGGAUUUUUGGGUUGAUAGGUUCUCGGUGUCAUGUGUUUUUUCUCUGGAGGAAGAUGGUUUCCUCUGGACAUUUUCGGGAGUCUACGGUCAUAAUGAUGAUGAUGGUCGUCCCCUGACGUGGGAGGAUUUGAUUUGUCUGAUUGACCUUCCUUUGGAGGGAGCUACGUUCACAUGGUCUAGUGGCAGAGAGUGUCCUACACUAUCUCGUUUGGAUAGAUUCCUUUUGACAGGGGAUUGGGAGAUGAAGUUUCUGAAUAUUAUUAAGGCGGCGUUGGCUCGCACAACUUCGGAUCAUAUUCCUUUAGAUCUCGACUGCGGUGGAAUGCGAAAGAGGAGCUCACCCUUCAGAUUUGAAAACAUGUGGCUUCGUACGGAGGGUUUUAUGGAGAGAGUUCGAUCUUUGUGGGAGAGUUAUGUGGUUUCUGGUAGCCCCACUUUUUCCCUUGCAAGUAAAUUACGACGACUAAAAGAGGACCUCAAAAAAUGGAGCAGGGAUGAUUUUGAGAAUUUGGAAUGGAGGAAGAAUCGUGCUUUUGAUGAGAUUGCUAAUAUUAAUAGAAAGGAAGGGGAGGGUAGCAUUAAUGAGGGUUUGGUACAGAGAAGGGUGGAGUGUCAAGUGGAAAUUGCUGAGAUUGCUUUAUUAGAGGAAAUUUCGUGGAGACAGAAAUCCAAGGCUUUAUGGCUUAGGGAGGGAGACAGAAACACGAAAUUUUUUCAUCGGUUGGCAAAUGCUCACAGGAGGGGUAAUCAUAUCGAAAGAAUCACGGUGGAUGGGGAGCUUCUCUCCAAGGAGGACGAUAUUUGUAAAGGGGUUACCUCUUUCUUUCAGAACUUAUUCACGAAGACAAAGACAUGGCAACCUUUGCUUGGUGGUUUGCAUUAUUCCAUCUCUGACUUUGAUGGUGUCAAUCUAGAAAGGCAUUUUUCUGAGGAGGAAGUGCUGAGGGUUGAAGAGUUGCAAUAG